GUGCACUAAUGUAGUUCACUGAUAAGUUAUUAUGGAUUGUAUAAAAAAGUCAAUCAACUGAUUUUAUUAACGCCGCUUAGACCGAACUAAAAGACAGAAUAAUGUUGAUAAUAUACUGUUUUAGAAGUUGGAAAUACCCAAAGGCAUAUAAAAUAGAAUGUUCUACCAUUACAUCAGUUUAAAUUAAAUAUUUCUGAAACAAACAUGGAAUUAUGUGUGAAACAUCUUCAUUGUCAGAAGCUCAUUCAAGUAAAAUGGUCACUAAUCUAUGAAAUCAAUAUGAUCAUCUGUGUGGUCGAAAAUACAGUCACAGAGGAAGUUGACUUUCACUUUUUAAAACUAACUGAUUCUUGGUUAAUUGCUCAACAUGUAGAUACUGAAGCAGAACUAAAGAUAAAUAUAUUUGGACUGAAAAGUGGUCAACCAAAAAUACUGCUGAGUGCUGUUUGUGGUAAUCUUCAACAGCAGCAGAUACCUCAGAUGGUUUUACAGCAACACAGUAAAAACUACAGUUUAUUAACAAAUACACAGAUCUUCAGUUUAUUUCAAAACUUAACAGUGGAAGACAACAUCAAAUUCGAUGUUGAUCAACGAAUUAAUGUUCUCUCCGGUAAACAAAAUAUUGUAUUCAGAAGAGACCAAAGUAGUCAAAGAUGGCAAAAACAAACUUAUAUACAGAUAAUACAAACAACAAGUUCCACUAAUGAUGUAUCAAGCUACAAUGAAUAUAUUGAGUUGACAACCACCUAUACCAAUGAAAUACCAUGUGUAAAUCUACCAUCUAGAGAGGCUGUUAAUUACAAGAUUUAUAGAGUAUCUUCCUCUGGUAAUAAAUAUCAUGUUAUGAAAACUUCUAAAAAAUCACAGUUCAUUACUCAUAAUACAAUGGUUGAUGUGAACAACUUACACCAACUGGCGUUAUUAGCCACUGAAGAAACACCCAUGCCCGUUCCUUAUCUAUAUCGAAAUAAACCUAGUAACCAUCCUACCAUAAUAGAAGCAAGGCAAACAGGAAUCAUGGCUAAAUAUAUAAAAGACAAUAAUGGAGACCAAGCUUCUUGUAUAAACAAGAAAAUCAAAGGAUUAUUCUUCAGUGCAACGGCUGAUAGAAGUACUUAUUUACCACCUGCGAUAAGUCCUUUUGGUGAUUAUCGUAUACUGGUUCCACCACAAUACCUAUUAAAUUCAUUUACAUCAAAUAUUUAUUUCGCAGAUUUUUACUGCAAGACACAGAGAGGACCCCAUUACAUAACCUUGGUAUUAACCAAACCUGGUAGUGUAGAAGAUGUCUACUGUAAACCUAGACUUAUCAAACUUGAUAUUAAUGAUAAUAAAUUCUUGUAUUAUGAUCCAAUGUAUGGCCGGUAUCGCACAGCCUCAUCCUCAAAUGUUGAGGUAUUGUACACAGAAAAUAUCAACCUCAAUGAAAUGAGAUCAAAAUCAGGUUUCCUAGAAACAUUUGUUAGAAGUAGAGGACAAAGUAGACCAGAAGGAAUUCCAAAAAAUACUUCUUGCGCCAUUUGUAAUCUCCCUAAAAAUCCUUCCAGAAUAUAAAAUUUUUGCCCUUCUGGACGACUAGAUGUUUUCCUUGCCAAAUCCUCUGAACCCAAGAUACAACCCAUCAAGUAAUUAUUUGAUAUUAUUCCCUGCUCUGACAUACAUAAACACAUGUAAAUUCAAGCCAAUUGUAGGGUGACCCACCAUAAAUAAAUAUCUCCAAAUAUCUUGACAAUUACGCCACAAUAUUUAUAUAUAUGCCAAGCCUCAAAUCAGUUUCACACAAUUAUAGUCACUAAAUAAACGAUCAGGUUGUACUUAAUAAGCUAUGACCAUUAAUCAUCUAUAAAUAAUAGACUGAAAACCGGUUCCAAGUGUCGUCCAUAACAUCCAGACACUUUUGAGUAAAAGAUAGGUUACGUGCCCUUGUUUUGAAAUUAGCCUUGCUUAACCAGUCGAUCGACCAUUCUACUUCUGAUUAACAGGUCGGGAUAAUCAAGACUACUUUUUUACGAAACAUAACAGAAAGCUAGAACAAGAAAUUGAAUUUAGAAAUAAGCACUUUAGCCAACUCAACAAUUGUUUUAAGAAAGUUGUCUAAAUUAGAUCCUGCUUAUACAUCAACAAUAAGCAGGAUGUAAUUUAGAUAAGAAAGAUAUGAUAUCAUAUCCCUAGCCAUAAAUAAAUAUUUCCGUGUAAAUUUCCACAUCAAGAACUCUGUGGUGACAGAGAAUAUAAGUAAUAUUGUUAUAAUACGUUAUUAAAGGUGUACUGUUUUGUUGACAUUGACAAUAAAUUCGCGUUAACAAAAUAGUUUAUAAAGUCUAGUAUUGAUGGCGAUAUUAGCGACCUUUGAUUUUGGCUUGCUGUCGUACUGUUGUCUUUUCGUCUCGGAAGUUGAUGUAGUCUCUACUUUCAAGGUCACUCUUCGACUUUCGUGUUUUGAAGGGGCGAAAAGUAGAAAUUAUGAAUGGUACUUAUAGGCUUCCAUAAAAUUGUAAGACAAAAUAAACAUUUUACCAUUGGUUCACGAAUGCCUUUAAGUGCCAUUUAUAACAAGGGACUCGAAGGACGGCGCUAGAUAUAUUCCACAAGUAACUCAAACGGUUACGUCAUAUUCCUAUCUGGAGAGAAUGCGCAAUAAAUACUAAAUCAGUUUAUGUACAUUCAUAUUACAUUAUUAUUUGUGUUGCGAACCAUUGUGUCAAUUUCUAGGUCCUAAAUAUUAGCGAUUUAGCUCCUUUAAAUAACAAAUACAUGUAGAUUGUUUUGGGGUGACCUUUUCCCUGUAUGUGAAUAAUCAGUAAAUGUUCAUAUUUUUGCACCAAAAUAGAUAAUUUUGCAUCAAAUUUUCUUUUACUGAUAAUUGAUAAGUUCGUAAAUAGUACUGUACGAUGGAUCAAUAGGCCAUUAAUAUUUCGAUAUUGACCCCUUUCUAUAGAAAUCAAUAUAUAAUUGGCAAGAGUUAUACAAUCGUAAUGUGCUCAACAACCCUUGUUUUACUUAUGAAUAUUUAUAUCCACAAGAAAAAGUUCCAAAAUCAUUUAAUUGGUUAACAUCAAAUUGGUCAAUAUCAAUUCAAAGUAUAUGAGUAAAAUAAUGUAAGAUAUUUUAUACCCUGGCUUAGACAAGCUGCUGUAGAUAUUACAUCAAAUUAAUAAGCUUAUUAUUACAUUAUGUAAUAUUUGAAUCAUUUUUUUUUUUAUUUUAUUAAAUUGUUAUUAAAUUUGUUUAUUUCUGUGUUUAAUUUGAUUAGUUUUUCUUAUUCUCUUAUUCAAAUUUCAUAGAAUCUGAUUCCAAACCCAUCUAGCUUUAGUUUUACAUUCUAAAUAUAGAGCAGUGUAAUAUGACACUUAUACAAUACACCAUCUGAAUAGAUAAUAAUUGGGCUACAAUUUAUUGUCUUUGAGAGGAUGAUGACAGGAUUCUCUUCAACAAACCUUUGAGGUCACAUUCCCAAACUUGAAGAAAUCUGGCUGAUUUCUAGUUGGUCUUAAGACUGUAUUACCAAAUACAUUUAUAUGUGGGUAAAUAAAAAUAAAUUCAGCUAAUUUUGUUUUUUUUAAAAUUGGACAUAUGUAAAUAAACAUUUUAUGUACAAGUAAUUUCAAUUAUCCUUUUAUAUUGUUUUUAUUGUUAAUAUUUAUCAAUGUGUAAAAAUUACAAAUAAAAUCUUAUGAGUUUGGUAAAAUUUUGACUGAUUAAAUCAUUUUGAAUUUCUAUAGACUGCAUAGAAUAGCACAGGCAAAGCA